AAUAGAGACCAAACACCCAUGCCUUUUUCCCUCCAUUUUAUCCCCUUCCUUUCUUCGCUGUCUCUUUCUCUCCAUCGCUAACCCAUUGUUGUUGUGUUACUUCUACACCCUAUUCCCCUCUGUGUUGCUUCUUCUACCUUUUAUUGGCUUCAGAUAUUCACUAUCGCUCUCUUUUGGGGAUUUCUGUAGCUCCGCCACGGGUAAGUUUCAGGGGAAAUCAUGGCAGGAGAACAACUGAAUGUGCUUAAUGCACUUGACGUGGCCAAAACACAAUGGUACCAUUUCACUGCAAUUGUGAUUGCUGGCAUGGGUUUUUUCACUGAUGCCUAUGAUCUUUUUUGUAUCUCCCUUGUGACCAAAUUGCUAGGCAGAAUUUACUACUACAAGGAAGGUUCUACUUCUCCUGGAUCUUUACCAUCAAAUGUCUCAGCUGCUGUUAAUGGUGUUGCUUUCUGCGGCACCCUUGCAGGCCAGCUUUUCUUUGGCUGGCUUGGUGAUAAAAUGGGCAGAAAACGUGUCUAUGGGAUGACAUUAAUGCUUAUGGUCAUUUCCGCUAUUGCCUCAGGCCUCUCUUUUGGCAAAGCUCCUACUGCUGUCAUGUCCACACUCUGUUUCUUCCGUUUCUGGCUCGGUUUUGGGAUCGGUGGUGACUACCCACUUUCUGCCACAAUCAUGUCUGAAUAUGCUAAUAAAAAGACUCGUGGGGCUUUCAUUGCUGCUGUUUUUGCCAUGCAAGGUUUUGGGAUCUUGGCUGGUGGUAUGGUUGCUAUUAUAGUUUCUGGAGCAUUUAAGGUCAAAUAUCCUGCCCAACCUUAUGAAAAUGAUCCAGUUGGCUCUACUGUACCAGAAGCUGAUUAUGUUUGGAGGAUUAUCUUGAUGUUUGGUGCAAUCCCUGCGGCAGUUACUUAUUACUGGCGCAUGAAGAUGCCUGAAACUGCACGAUACACUGCUUUAGUCGCCAAGAAUGCCAAACAGGCUGCAUCUGAUAUGGCAAAAGUGCUUCAGGUUGAUUUGGAGGCAGAAAAUGACAAAAUUGAGCAGUCUGUAGGAAAUGAUUUUGGUCUGUUUUCUAUGGAAUUUGUUCGCCGCCAUGGACUUCACUUGCUCGGAACCACUAGUUCUUGGUUCUUGUUGGACAUUGCAUUCUACAGCCUGAAUUUGUUUCAGAAGGAUAUUUUCAGUGCUAUUGGGUGGAUUCCUCAGGGUCAAACCCUGAAUGCCAUUGAAGAGGUCUACAGAAUUGCUAGAGCACAAACUCUUAUUGCUCUUUGCACCACGGUUCCAGGGUAUUGGUUCACAGUUGCACUAAUUGACGUAAUAGGGCGGUUCGCAAUUCAAUUGAUGGGAUUCUUCUUCAUGACAGUGUUCAUGUUUGCUUUGGCAAUACCUUACCAUCAUUGGACUCUACCAGACAACCGAAUUGGAUUUGUUAUCAUGUAUUCACUAACCUUCUUCUUCUCCAAUUUUGGUCCAAAUUCCACCACAUUUGUGGUGCCUGCAGAGAUUUUCCCAGCAAGGUUAAGGUCUACCUGCCAUGGUAUAUCAGCUGCAUCUGGCAAGGCAGGGGCAAUUGUGGGUGCAUUUGGGUUCUUGUAUGCGAAAGAUGGUAUUGGAGUGAGGAAUACACUUUUAGUCGUUGGUGGAAUCAACUUCUUCGGAAUGAUAUUUACUCUCCUGGUGCCUGAGUCAAAGGGAAAAUCACUCGAGGAAAUGUCUGGUGAAGCUGAGGAAGAAAAUCAAAGUCAUCAAACAACAAGUGUCUAGGCAAACUAUUCCAGUUUAAUUAGGCUUUGUUUUUAUGUAAUAUCUUUAGCAUAAUCUAGAAGACUUAAUGGAAGUCGCAUAAGUAAACCUAUGUGCAUAGGUCUUUGAUGCUUUUUAGGCUGAGAUACAAUAAGCUCUUGGGGAUGCUAUUUUGUCUUCUAGCUUCUAACUGCUUGAUCUUUGAUAUAGAUUGAGACUGUUUUAUAGUUA